UAUACAUCGAAACUAUCAAUAUGGCAGACGAAACAGCCGUCCUUUUGAAUAUCAGUGAAAUGAUUGAUUUGGCCAUCGGUACGCCUGAGGUUGGUGUGGUCGAUUUCUGCAUGCUUCAAACAGUAUUACAUUGCCUUGCCCAACAAUUGCGUGUACUUGGCAAGAAUGUAGAAUUACGAGGCAGUGUAGCCGCCCUGCCCCUCGGCAGAGAAAACUCUCAGACCAUAGCUGUCAGCGAAUUUGUCGUUGAUACUGAUCAGGAUCAGAACAGGACAAUUAAAAAGACAGAAAUGGUUUCAUCGCAACCCUCUAGUAACGAGCAAGAAACUAUAUUAGUAGUUGAACGAGUAAAAAGGGCGGACUCACCGGUAAACCGAAGUCCUCCCCGGGCUCAAUCACCACAACCAACCGCACCGUCUCCUGCUCCUGUUAGAGUUACAUCAACGGAGAAACUAUCACUCGUUACCCUUAGUAAAUUCAACUUGCUUGAAAAUACCGUGGAAGAUCUGAAAAAUCGAGUUUACGGUAGUAUGCCUAAAAAUGAAGAAAUUCUGGAAGAAGUGAGAUCACAAACAAAUCUGAAAGCCAUAACCGAUAUGUGGACAUCUCUAAACGUGUCUUCGCGCCUGGAAGCGGCGGAGGCAGGCAUCGCCAAGCUGAGUUCACUAGUGCAGGACAUAAUAUCUGAUACAGCAGGACUCCAAGAAGCUAUUGCAGCUCGUAGGGCGUCUAAACCAGCUGAACCAGUAAUAACCACAAUAGUAGCCCCUCCAGUGGACAACGUUGCAUCUAAAGAAGAUUUAGCUUCUAUACAGCAACAUCUCACGCGUAUACGGAAUGAUCUUGAUAACCUGACUAAUGCUUAUUACACCGCUAUGGCUGAAAUUCAAGCUGGUUUAGAAGCAGUUCCUCCUGUCCCACCGCCUAUACCUCCUGCAGAACCUCCUGUGCGAAAAAUGUCUGAACAACCUCGUAGAUCCUUCUCAAUGUUGACAGCUGGUCUUAUGGAAAGAAUGAAUGAUUUAGAAAAACGGCUUAAGGAAUGUUGUGACAACCUUGGAAAGAAGGAUGGCAUAAUACAAGACCAGAUUAACUCUUUCCAAGAUCAAAUCGAAUAUUUAACCAGGCAAAUAGCAGCUUUAGCGCAAAGUCAAAACGCUAACGCGCUAUCCCCCGACAUGUUCAAGGAUAUUCAGGGACUCAUGACACUCUUCCAAACUGUACAAGACAUGCAAAAUCAACUUAAACUCGUACACGAAACAGCAUUGCAACUAGCUGCAGAAAAGGAAGACCGACUCUACAACAUGAACGCUUUAUUAGAACAAAUUGAGCUACUUAAAACGAUCAAACUGGAUCGUGAAGAUAUGGUGGAGGCGAUGGCUGAGAAGGCAGACUUGCGUAUGCUCGCACGCAAAGUCUCCCACGACCAGUUCGAAAUGGCCUGUGAUGACUUAUCUCGGGGACUCGAACAUGCUCUUGGAAAACUUACUUUGCAAGAGUCAUUAUGGCAACAAGCUCUGGAUGACAUACAACGAGAGAUUGAGAUGAAGCUUGACAAGAUGGAGCUAUCACCAGUCAAAGAAUUCUUCAACAAUAAAUUAAGACAACUGCAAGAGAAUCUUAAAGAGAUGGCCGCUCUACGACGAGAGGUCGAAGCUGCCGGCACCAAGAAAAAGUUAUUGAGGGAUGUCAACUGCAUAUCAUGCGAUGCACGUGCUGUGAUGCCCAUGGAAGCGGCGUCCAAUGUACCGGUCAGCAGACCAAUGCCAGCAAAUUUGUCUAUGAAACCAUACCUCAGCUAUGAACUGGAUGCAAUCAGGAAGACACAAGCAACCAAUGUGCCACAAAGGAAUAUGCGAGAUUGGGAAAACAUAGAGAAACAAAUGGGACAGACGAAACAACCGCCACCUAAGCCAAAAUCGGUAACAGACAAGCACCUGUGCAACCGCUACUGCGGCGGUUCCCACACCACUACGACGGCGGCGCAGCGAGUGGCUCGCCUGGGCCACUUCAUGAAACAAUGGGGACCGGAUGUGGUGCCCCUGUCCUCUGGUUUGGCGGCCGGUGACGAUGGGAGGAUGUACAAAGUCAGUCCAGUCGAAGGUGCCAACGUCGGUCCAGGUGGCGCUGUCGAUGCAACUUGCACACCACGAUUUAAGAAAACUGAUAUGCCAGCAAAGCCUCCUCCGAAACCAGUACUCAUUAACCCAGAAUGCCGCUGCCUCGAAGCAGAUCGAUCAACGAAGGGCUGAAUUUGCUUAUGCGACGUGUUGUUACAUAUUCUUAUAGAUUUUAGAUAAUUAAAUAUACUAGCUUCUAGAUGAAUUCAAUAUAUUUUGAAAUAUAUUAUUAAUGCCAUUUUCUAUAUUCUCGUUAAAAUGUUCUCCAUAUAUUAAUUGUAAAAAUAAAUAAAAAAACAACGUCUGGUUUAUUUUGAUUUAUUG